GACAAAAGUCGUUGUUUAUCAAACAAUAGUUUCCGAUUCCGGUAACGUUCCGUUGCCGUCGGAAUGAUCCCGUUCUUUCCUUCACUUCAACCCUCGCGAAGUGCGAACCUGUGGUUUGCCGUUGAUGAAUCGUACGAUGAUGACGCAGAAGUCAGCACGAUGGAAGCGGAUCAUCAGGAUUGGCUCAACCGCAUAGGACUGAUCGGAGCAGACUUAACACCGAUCGGCAAAAGCUCAAGCGAGCACAUGGAAAACAUGGACACGGAAGAUGAGGAUGCAAACGAUGAGAGCGACGAUUCGGAUAAUUCAGACGAGGACGACGAUGAGAUGGAGGACAUGAACGGUCGGAACAUUGUCGGGAACGACGCGGUUAUGGACGAUAUGGUCGGAAACGACACGGUUUAGAGGUCGGGCCUACGAUCGGCGGCGCGCCAGCCAACAGUGUAAUCCUGCCUCUCUCUCCCGCGCUCGCUCAUAGAUCGGUUUGGCUAACAGGACGGGGCCACAGGACAACCGUAAAAGCCCCCGUUAGAAUUUUCUUUAUUUCCGCUGGAAUUGGCCUUUGUGAAUGAAAUGAGGAAUAACGACGCAACCGGGCUAGUGUGAUAUAUGAAUAAAACAAAAAAGCGACCGAUUUGCUCGUAC